CACGAGCAAGUUGCGAGUUUGGCUUUCGUCGAGGUCGCUCCGGAGAUGAUUGCUUGUCUGUUCUGAAUAUUGAUAUAUAUAAAUCAUUUAUGAAGGGAGAAAUGAUUGGAGCCUUGUUUCUUGAUAUCGAGGGAGCAUACGACAAUAUUAUUCCUCAGAUGUUAUUUAACAUCCUUAAUAAACUUAGAAUGCCAAGGGGAUACAAAGCCUUCUUUUUAAAUUUCCUUAAGCCCAGAUCUGUUGAUUUUUUUGAGUCGGGUCAGUUUGUUUCUCGUCGUCUGAUUUGUAAGGGUCUUCCGCAGGGAUCAGUUCUUAGUCCCAUUCUAUUUAACAUUUAUAUCAGAGACUGUCUUAAUCAUAUUUCUCAUGAUUGUUCAUCACUUCAAUACGCAGAUGACGUGGUUAUCUAUUCUGCGGAUAGAUCAUGUGAGAGGAUAAUACAUAGCCUUCAGGAGAAGAUCGACAUCUUUCCCAGAUUCUGUCCGGUUUAAUAAUGAUUUAUUACAGAUUAGAAAACAGAUUAAAUACCUUGGUCUCGUGAUGGAUUCAGGACUUAGAUGGAACUCUCACAUAACUUAUGUGAAGGAUAAGACUGGUAAGUUUAUUAAUAUUCUUAAAUGGAUAGCAGGUUCUACCUGGGGUAUCAGUCCCACCUGGUGUAUUAACUUCGUUAAUGCCACUGUCAGAGCUCAGAUAGAGUGGGGAUCCUUCUGGUAUGUAAAUUCUGCGGGUACCUAUUUCUCCAGAAUUGAGAGGCUCCUAGCACUGGCAUACAAGAUCGCUUUGGGAAUUCCUCGAUUCUCUCCGAACAGAGUUGUUUGGAAAUUUUCCAACCAAGUGUCGAUCCGUAGAAGGAUCGCACAAUUGUGUGAUAAAUAUGUAUGUAAAACCAUUCAAUUAAGGAAGACGAGAAUUAUCAAUAAACUGAAAUUUUUAACGAUUUUUGUACAAUCACGAAACAUAGCACCGAGAAAUAUUCCAUAUAUUCUUAGUAGAUUCAAUGAGAUAUACAAAUUCUCCAAUUUAUUAUACCUAUGGGAUUUGCAUCCGGCAUAUUCAUAUCCGUUAAAUCUAAACCAGAUUGAGUUGAAUAUUGAUACAUUGUCAGGUAGAUUAGCCUUAACAAGCGGGGACCCGAAUCGGGCCUUUUUGGGAUUGACAAACCUUAAAUCAGUUUCCGCGGAGGAAAUAAGAAUAUUUACUGAUGGCUCUCGUUUGACUCCCUCGGGUGAAGGUUGUAGAGUGGGAUGUGCGAUUUGGAUCCCUAAGGUUGGGAUCACCCUUAAGUUCAAACUAAAUGAUCUUACCAGUUCUUUCGCUGCGGAGGCGUUUGCAAUUGCGAAGGCAAUUGAUUUUGUAAUUCAUAGUGGCUUUAAUUGCGUAAACAUCUGUACGGAUUCCUUGAGUUGUCUUAAUGCAAUUGAGUCAGGGGAUUUCCGUCCUUUUCCGUUGUGCAACUUGAUAAGGGACGUCAAGGUUAAACUUUUACAUGCUGUGUCAAUGAGUAAAUCGAUUAGAUUCACAUGGUGUCCUGCUCACAAGGGUAUACAGGGUAAUGAACUGGUUGAUAACGCGGCUAAGGAUGCUGCUCUUUUGGAAAAAAAUCCGACUAAUAAAAUAGAUUAUAGACAAGCUUUAUCUUCCAUGAAGGAACUGUAUUUGAAAAUAGAUGAGAAUUUUUUAACUAGUAUUAAUAUAGGUACGGGGGAGAAAUAUAUGUCUUUUCUAUCAAAUAUAAAUGUUAGUUUCUUAAGAAAGAAAAAAUGUAAAUUUAAGAGAAGGGACUUAACUGUCCUCAAUAGAAUUAUCACUGGAUAUGCUUACUCUCAGAGUUUCCUUUUUAAGAUUGGUGUUUCUCAAUCUCCAGCCUGCGCUUGCGGCUUUGAAGUUCAGAAUUUGGAUCAUAUCUUUUUAGCCUGUCCAAUGCAUGAUUUUCCCAGAUCGAUGUUAUUUACAACGCUGUUUGCAGAGGGCCUCUUGGCCCCCUUUUCUUUGAUUUACAUUAUUAAUAACAUUAAUUUAAAUAUUGCUGGGUCACUAAUCAAAUUUAUUUCAGAGAGCAAAUUAACUAUUUGAAUUGUUAAUGUUCAAUUACUAAGUCGAGCUUUACAAAAGAACUUACCCAUACGCAGGGGAAUUUCCCCGAUAUCAAGUGCAAUCACUAAGGAGCUUCAAGAAUCAUACCAGGAUCCAACCAUAUACAUACAUAAAUAGCAGACACACUAUCCCCAGGUGCCUGCUAUAGGUCUUCGACCUAACUAACUAUGGUACUGUGACUCUCACUAGAGUCGGAUAUCCAAUUGGGGAAUAACAAGAACAAGAAGAAA